UGGGUUUCUUUUUCCCAAACAAAUCAACAAAUGCCUCUCUCUCUCUCGCUCUCUCCACUUCUCACGUCUUGGUUUCAAUGCUAUACCCCCUUUGGCCUUCUUCUUUCCAUUAUUAAAAUGUUUCAUUCCAUGCUUCUAUCCCCACUCACAAACCCUCUUUCUCCAUUUCUUUUAUUUAUUUCUUUUAUUGUUUCUAAACUCCUCCUAUCUAUUCUUAAUCUCCUCCCAUUUUAAAAAUCAAAGAAGAAAAGAAAAAAGAUUCUUAUUCUUCAAUAUCCAUCCGUGGCUCCGGCUUCAGCUUUACUGGAUGGAUGUAUUUACAGCUGCAUUGCAUAAUUCACGUUAGCCCUUUUUCUCUUCUUCUUUUUAUUUUGCAUUGCAUAAUUCAUAGUUUUCAAAGACGUGGGGCACCGCAGUACCCUAUUCUAACUUCACCACACUGUUGCUCUUGCUUUGGGGGGUCUAUCUGUCAAUGAGUUGCUAAUGAAUGAUCUCUCUCUUCCCAGCCACUCUAGUCUACUUGUAAAUGCAGCGCUCUGUUUUUCAUGGGCAAGAAGGGAGGAUCCUCGUGGUUGACGGCCGUCAAAAGGGCUUUUAGAUCUCCUUCAAAAGAUGAAGAUCACAAGAAAACAGAGAAGCGAAGAUGGGGUUUUAGGCGAUCUACGAAUCUGCACGACCAGGUCACCCACCAAACGCCCUCCAACCCAUCCUCCGACGCGGCCCUUGCUGCGGCGGUGGCCACUGCCGAAGCUGCAAUGGUCACCGCCCAAGCGGCUGUACAGGUUGCUCGCCUCACCACCAGCACCAGGCCUUCCAACAACGCCAGAGACCACUACGCUGCAAUUCUCAUUCAGACUGCUUUUAGAGGAUACCUGGCAAGGAGGGCUCUGCGUGCCCUCAAGGGGCUUGUGAAGUUACAGGCUCUGGUGAGAGGUCACAACGUCAGGAAACAGGCUAAGAUGACCCUCCGAUGCAUGCAAGCGCUGGUUCGAGUGCAGGCCCGUGUGCUCGAUCAGCGGAUGCGACUCUCUCACGAGGAGUCUGGUAAUUCCACACUCAGCGACCCUAGUACCGCCCUUGGAUCCCGUUACCUUCAAUACUUGUCUGACAGGAAGGAGUUUGCAAUGAAGCGUGAUAGAAAUCUCUCCCAACAGAUAUGGCGGAGAGGUCGAAGUCCGUCCAUGGGCAGUGGAGAUGAUCUGGAAGAAAGACCCAAGUGGUUAGAUCAAUGGAAUUCAAGGAAGGCAUGGGAAAGCAGGGGAAGAGCUUCAACAGAUCAAAGAGAUCCAAUCAAAACAGUGGAAAUCGAUACCUUCCAGCCUUACACUCGAACAUCCUCCAACUUCCGAAGAAUGGCCCAAAAUCUACAAAGAACAAACCCGCAUUCAGGCAGUUCCCCACUUAACCGGAUGCAACAAAACGUAUACUCUUUCCACCACUCACCGGCCACACCCUCCCCGUCUAAAACCAGGCCUAUGCUACAAGUCCGGUCGGCAAGCCCGCGUUUUGUAAGAGAAGACAAAAGCGACAAUACAUCCCAAACACCGAGCUUAAGGUCAAACUAUUACUACAGUGGGAAUUUGGUCCAACAAGGGAGGAGUGGGGCGAGUAGCAGUUAUGGUGGUGAUGGCAAUUGUUUGCCCAAUUACAUGGCGGCCACGGAGUCUGCAAAGGCACGAUUGCGAUCGCAGAGCGCACCAAGGCAAAGGGCAUCAACGCCGGAGAGGGAGAGGGAGAGGGAGAAGGGAGGAGUUGGGUGUGCGAAGAAACGGCUGUCAUUCCCAGUUGCGGAUCCCAUUGGGCAUGGAGUUUUGAGGAGUCCAAGUUUCAAGAGCGUGAGUGGGACGUACUUGGGGAUGGAGCAGCAAUCCAACUAUUCUUCCUGCUGUACUGAGAGCCUAGGCGGAGAGAUUUCCCCAUCAUCAACCUCGGAUCUAAGAAGGUGGCUAAGGUGAUAAGAUGAAAAAACUUUGAAUGCAUUUUAGGAUGAUUAAAAUCAAUGUCCUACUGAAACAUAUUUCUUAUAAUUCUCCUAACCCCCAAAACAGAGUUUCCCAGGAAUAGGAUGUAACAUUAUUUAACCAAGAGUCUCAAGACUUCGUUGUUGUCUCAAAUUGGCCAAAUUGGUCCAUAUAUAAUAUGCUUUGUUUGACCUAAACAGAUCGAGGGAUUUUGAAAUUGUUUAGUAUUUUUCAGUGUCAAUACUGAUUCUUGUAUUUGGUCUAACAGAAACGUGUUGUGUUUUGUGUUUAAUUGUUACAAUAAUCAUACAACUAAUUGAUAGUUUGAUAUGAUCAUUCUUCCA